AGCUGGCUGAGCUCAGCAUAGCAUCAUCGCUUGCGUGCCAGUCAGCAUCGUGGCCGCAAUCGUGACGCAUCGAUCCCUACUGAACGCCUGUGUCAUCAGUUGUGCCAGCACUGCGCCAUGCUUGUCCGACUGCUACUCUGGCUCAGCGCCACCGCUCACGCAAUCGCGGUCUGCGGCCGGCAUGGCGAGGUCGUCGGCGCGAGAGGCCGCAUCGGCUCUCUAUUAUUGCGUGCCGGGGGCGGAUCGCUGGCGGCGACGCCGCGCGGCGUCGCGCCCGGAACGCUGAGCCCGCCGGGCACGCCCAUCCUCGUCGCGGCGCCGGCGUCGGCGGUGGAGGACGUGCUGCGCGCGACGCCGCCUUCACGACUGGAGGACGUCGUGCUGCUCUGCAACGGCGAUGCGCGGGGCCGCGCGACCGAGGUCGUCGGCGCCGAAGCGGACGGCCUCACGUACGGUUGUCUCUUCUUCGGCGUGCUCUCCACGGGCGCGGCGCCGACGUUCGGGGCCGGCGCGCCGCCGACGGUCGUGACCGGCCGUCACGCCACGGCCGUCGCCGCGCUGAUCGGGAGCUGCGGCCCGCGCUGCGACGUCGUCGACCGCGACGCGCUCGCGCGAGCCGUGCGACUGAAGCUCGUCUGGUCGGCGGCGCUCUGGCUGAUCUGCGCGCGCCACGGCGGCGACGUCGUCGACGCGCACGCGGAACCGGACCUCGAGCUCCUCGUGGACGAGCUCGACCCGGCCGUCGACCGCGCCGCGCUCGAGGCCUACUCCCGAAGCAUGCCGGGCGCCGUGCCGUCGAAGGACCUCGCCCUCGCGGAGCUCGCCGACCGAAAUGGCAUGUUUUUGCGGAGCGGGCGCCCGCAACCGACGCACGAGCGGCUCCUGCGCAAGGUCGGCGUGGACCCGGCCGAGGUGAUGACGACGGCGCCGGCGCCGUCCCAGUGGUGGCGGCACGCUGCGUCCGGCUUCGGCUUUCGCGCGCGCCGCGCCGCGCGGGCUGCCCCCAGAUCCGCCGUCGUCGUCGGCGCCGGGGUCAUGGGCUCCGCCGUCGCCCUGGAGCUCGCGACGCGCGGCGUGGCCGUCAUCGUGCUCGACGCGCGCCCCGCGCCGGCGACGGCGUUGCAGGGCGCCGUCGUCUGCGAGGACGCGACCUCGGGCUCGUGGGCCUGGCUCAACGCCAACGGCAAGGACGCGAAGAGUCCGGAGUAUGGUGGCCUGACGCGCACCAGCCUCGCCAUGUGGCGCCGGCAGAAGCCCUACGCCGGCCUCGCGACCUGGUGCGGCGCCUUGCUGUACGCGGACGGCGAGCCCCAAAGCGCCGGCGGCGCCUACGCCGUCGAUGUCUUGACCGCGGAAGCGGCCGCGGCGCGCGAGCCCGGCCUCCAAGCCAAGGACGGGCGCUGGCACUGGUAUCCCGACGAGGGGCGCGCCGACCCGGCCGCGACCGUCGCGACGCUGCAAAAAGCGGCCGAGGCUGCCGGCGCGACGUUCCGCUGGGGCGCGAAAGUCGACGGGCUCCUGCCGGGCGGCAAAGGCGUGCGCAUCGGCGGCGAUGACGUGCGCGCGGACGCCGUGGUCCUGGCCGCCGGCGUCGGCAUCCCGGCGCUCGGCGCGCCCGUGCCGAUGAAGCGGUCGCCGGGCGUCCUCGCGCACACGCAACCAAAAACCGGAACAACGCGCAUGCGGGGCCUCGUCGUCGACGCGGUGAGCGGUGUGCACUUUCUCCAGCGAAACGAUGGGACGGCCGUCGUGGGCGGCGACCUGAAAGGAUAUGCUGUGGCUUCGAGCUCAUCGAUGGAGGACGCCGCGCCGUCGCUCGCCGAGGGCGCGCGGCUCGUCGACCGCGCGGCGGCCUGGCUGCCGCACGUCGCGGCGCCCGUGCAGGCGACGACGCUCGCGUACCGAGUCCUGCCGGAAGACGGGUACCCCGCCGUCGGCUUCACGCAGGCGGGCAGCUACGUCUGCGCGGCGCACAGCGCCAUCACGCUCGCGCCGGUGCUCUCGGCGCUCGCGGUCGCGGAGCUCCUCGACGGCGUCGACGUGGACGUGCUGGAGCCGUGGCGGCCGGGGAGGUUUUGUUAAUUUGUGAGUGACGUACCCGCUGGUUAUUGUUACGGUGCUAGGACUAGUGGGCGGAGCCCUGCCAAGGGCAGGGGGGGAGACACCGAAAUGUAUCCACUGGUGCGCGCACGAGAGCGGCCAGUAGAGCGGCCCGCCGCGGCGAGUCGCCGGGUCGUCGCGAGGAGUAGUACGAAGCGUCCGCAAAUGGGCAGAGAUCUCUCGAAGGGCCAGGAGCCGCGAAGCGCACCAGCCGUCGUUGGGCCCGUCGCGAAGCCCGGCGGCGCUGCACACAGCGCACUGCGCACCGACAGCCGCGGGCAGCCGCCGCCAUGCCCAAGUCCGCCGCCAAGUCCGCCAGCAAAAAGCCAAAUGCCGCGCCGCCGCCCGUCACGCGCGACCAGGCCAAGGUCCAGCUCCUGACCACGAUGGUAGCGCUCAAGGAUGAGAUCCUGCGGGCCUCCGACGAAAAAGUAAGGGCGCUGAAGUGGGCGGCCCUGAACGACUUCGACAAGGACGCGACGUCGCUGGAGGCGCUGCUCAGCCAGCUCGAGGAGCGCGUGAGCGGCUGGCGCGGCGACGCGCCGGAAGGGACGUCCAUCGUGGCGCCUCUCGUACUGAAAAGGCGGGAGGCCGUCGAGGCGCGGUUCUCCGAGGGGACCGUCUCCGCUUCCGACUUCGCGGACAAUCUGGCCGUCGUGCUGCCCGAGUUCCGGCGCGACUUCCUCGAGGCCGUGGCGCGCAACUUUGGAGAGAGCGUCGCCAUCGACGCGUUCCUGGAGGCGUGCGAGCGCGCGGCCGGCGUCCCGGCGGUCGUGGAGCCCGAGGCCGCGGCCGCGGCGCCCGACGUCGUCGCGACGCCCGUGGCGGCGGAUACUGCGGAUGCCGCGGCGCCGCCGGCCGCCGCCGCCGCGACGCCGGCGCCGGCGCCCGAGCCGGAGCCGGAGGCCGCGCCGGCGACGCCGCCCGCCGCGACGCCGAAGCCGAGCCUCCUGAGCCGCAUGUCGUCGGCGUUCGGCAGCUCGAGGAAGAAGAAGGCGGCCGACGCGGAGGAGGUAGCGGAGGACGUGGAGGAGGAAGUCGUGGCGGACGAGGCCGUCGCGGCGCCGGCGCCGGCCUAGUAGGAGCCCUCCCCGCCGCGGAACUAAGACAAAGACCU